ACACACCGUUGUCCAUUACUUGAAAAUGCUACUGAAUAGAGAGCCCAUUUUUUAAAAUCUAGCACCACUAUUUAUGGAGCAGGAUACAAGAAGUGGUUUAUAGACAAUUCUAUUCAUCAAAUUAGUUGCACUAGCAAACUGUCAGUAAAAGCAGAAAAGCACUUCUAUUUUAGUCAUACAAAAGUUUCUUGCAAUAAUGUCCAGAAGAGGAUUGCUGCUGGUUGCUGGGUUCCUCGCAAUGCUUCCUGACACUGUGGUCUCACAAACUCCACUCAGUCUGUCAGAGGCUGAUAUUCAAGAGUUGGUGGAUGCUCACAAUCUCUUCAGAGGAAUGGUGGACCCUCCAGCCUCCAACAUUCAGAGUCUGCAAUGGAACGAGGAGCUAGCAAGAGUGGCCCAGGCUCAUGCUGCAAGCUGCAGCUUCAGUGAUAACACAAACAGAGCAGAUAAUGUCUCCUUUGCUACUGUUGGUGAGAACUUGUCAGCUUCUAAUGCGGGGACUCCCAACUACACACUGUUUGUGGAGAUGGGAUGGUUCAGUCAGAGAGACAAUUAUAACUACCAGACCAACAUGUGCACAACACAAGACUCGUGUACAGACUAUAUACAGCUUGUGUGGGCUGACACAACAGAGGUGGGAUGCGGGGCAGUGAGAUGUCCCACCAUUGACGGGUUCCCUUUACCGAAUUCAGUGUUACUAGUUUGCAACUACGCACCAGAAGGGAGAAUUGAGAAUGGACGUCCUUACAUAUUGGGAAAUUUUUGCUCUAAUUGUUCUGAUGGGACUAUCUGCGUGAACAACCUCUGCACUCCUUUACAACCAACCACGCCCCCUCCCCGUAUUACAACACAAAUCGUAUCCACAACAGAUGCAGUGACUACUAUCACAAGUCCUCCUACUGAGCCAACUACAAACCCCCCUACAACUAUACCCCCCACUACGAUCCCCCCUAUAACUGUACCCCCCACUACGAACCCCCCUACAACUGUACCCCCCACUACAAACCCUCCUACAACUGUACCCCCCACUACAAACCCCCCUACAACUAUACCCCCCACUACGAACCCCCCUACAACUAUACCCCCCACUACGAACCCCCCUACAACUGUACCCCCCACUCGUGAAGAAACAACUAUCACCAUCCCCUCUACAACAGACAUGCCCAUAAGCACACUCCCGGUAUCUACACAGGAACCUACAACAGCUACCACCGAUCCACCAACCACUAAACCUUGCGACUUAUACCAGGCAAUUACUAAAAUGGUGAAAUCGAACAAAAUUAAACUGACGAAUACCCAAUCAGUUACUAUUCGGAAGAGGCUGCCACUUGGAAUACAAUUCAUAGCAUAUUUUUAUAAAGUGGUUUUCCUUGAUAAAAGCAAAACUGACUGCAGCACUAGUACUCCAAACGAGAGAUCUGACACUAGACCAAGGCGCAGGAAAACACGCUGGUCAAAAUCUAAAUCGACAAAAUCUACUAAAUCAACGAAAUCUAAAUCAGCGAAAUCUAAAUCAGCGAAAUCUAAAUCAGCGAAAUCCAAAUCAAAGAAUUCAAGACGAAGCAGAUUACGGUCAAUAAAAAAAUCAAAAUCAAAAACAAAACAAAGAUCGCCAAAGAAGACGAAGAAACAACGGAACAGAUCAAACUGAUAUAAUGGUCUUAUAGCUAUACAUUAAUUUUCAUCCAUUGUGCAUCAUAAUAAAGAGUGCAUAAUUCAUGCACUCCUGAUAAUAAAUAUAAUUAUUUCACUCACAGUGCUAGAAAUAAUUAUAUGCUCACUUAUAAAAUAAUAUAGUGUUUAGUUCAAUUUUCAA